CCAUACCUCAUCCCUACCCUCAUACCCAUACCCAUUACAAGCACACAACAAAACGAUGUCCACCGAAACAGAGAAUAACCUCCCCGGCACUUGCAAAACCACCAAAAGCACGGUUCUCGAAACCGGCGCCAAAGCCAUCCAAGACUUCAAACCGGUGAACAACAUCUGCGCACACCUGAAUGCCUUUCACGUUUACGCCUCCGACAAGACCCGCUGCGUGGAAGCCAACCACUACUGUUCACAUAUCACAGAGGACAUAAGACAAUGCCUCAUCUACGCGACCCCCCACGCAAACUCCCCCCUAAUCGGAAUCGAAUACAUGAUCACCCCCAAACUCUUCGCCACGUUACCUCCCUCCGAACGCGCCCUCUGGCACACCCACAUCUACGAAGUCAGCAGCGGGAUGCUCAUCAUGCCGAAGCCUUCCACCACCACCUCGGCUUCCUCCCUGGUGCCAGAUGCAGCAUGGGAAGUCGCCGAAACGUCUGAAAUGCGAGACAUCGUGCCGUUGUAUGGCAAGACGUAUCAUUUUUGGCAAGUCGAUCGGGGGGAUAAAGUGCCGUUGGGGGAGCCGGUGUUGAUGGGGAGUUUUUUGGAUGAGGAGGGGGUGAAGGGGGUUCUUGGGGGGAAGGGGGAAGGGGGGUUGGGGGAGUUGUUGAGGGAGAGGGAUGAGAGGUUUGGGGUCGAUCAUAGAGAGAAGGCGGAGAGGAGGAAGGGGAUGGUGGAGGAGGUUGUGAGGGGGAUGGAGAGGGUUGAUGGUGCGGAUAAGAUGUGGGAGGAUGAGAAGGCUUAG